UAAAGUCCCGUGGUGUGCUCCGCGCGCGCGCGCGCGCGUCCUCCGCGGAACCACCGUGUCGUCGUCUCGUCGCCGCUCCGCUCCGUUCCGCUCCGCUCCGCUCCGCGCCGUUGACGCGCGCGGUGUGUAGUGCAUAGUGUGUACACGUACGAGGCUGCGUGCGCGCGCGCGUCCGCUCGCGCGGUUACGUAGUGUGCGUAUGUGUGUGUGUGUGCGUCUGUGUGUGUGCAGCGGAGAGUGCCUCCGUGUUUGCGCUUCUGUGUAUCGAGAAGAGAGCGCGUUACGGUUCCUACCGAGGUGAGCUUUUUAGUACGAAUACUGUCGGGCUAGCGAGCGAGAGUGCGGCCGACGCGAGACGCGCGCGCGUUUACCGGCAUCCUAGGAUUUCCGCUUCUUCCGCGCUUCGUGUCAUCGUGUUUUUCUCGUGUAUCGUACUCGUCGUCGUCGUCGUGUCGUGUGAUCGUGUACCAGUCCCCCGGUCCCCACCCCCGCCGUCUGUCAGUGUCGCAGUUAACGACCCGGUGCAUCGUGACCGCGGUCCGCGGUGAGUCGCGGCCUCUCCGGGUUGCUCGCGGUGGUCCCCGUCGCAAAAGAGUACGCCAUGCGAGAGAGGGAUAAAUCGGUGACUGGCAGGCGGCGGCCAUCUUCCAGAUGAGUUUUUCCUCCUUUCUUCCGAUAAACGAAGCGCGCUAUGCCGUGAAAGAGAAGGACAGCGAAGACGAGAGAUCGUGAGAGAGACAGAGAGAGAGAGAGAGAGAGAGAGAGCGCGCGCGAGCGCGACCCCACCUUGAUUGACAGAGAACGAGAGAGGAGGACGAAGGUGCGAGAGGGAAGGAAAUUUGUUCGCGUCUAUCAUAUAUGCGACGAGAGAUGCGGUGAACGGCGCGUGCUGCUCGGCGGAGUCACGAAAUUUCACGAGCGCGUGUCGCCGCUUCGACCAGGCCUUCGCCUCUCCGUCUGUGAGUGUGAGAAAGAAGAAACGGCCGAUCGUGCGAGCGAGAGAGAGAGAGAGAGAGACAGCAGACGUAUUAGGAAGUGCUGCCUUGCCGCGCGUGUACGAGAAAGAGAGAGAGAGAGUGUGUGGCGCACCGCGUGCGGGGGAAGAAAACGGAAGCAGCGGUGCUGAGUGAAAAGAACACGGAGAGGCCUGACCCCCUAUCGCCGCGCGUUUACUUCGUAAUCGCGUCGUUUUCGCGAGAACGCGAGAGACCGGCGGCCGGGACGAAGGAAGAGCGAAGAACAGGAGUACAUAAAAGGAGUCGAAGGAAAAAAGAAAGAAAGAAAGAAACAAAAAGGAAAUCCUCGCGUACUGUCGCCGGAAGUGGCCCACCGGGUGGCCGGGUACUGAUCGGGAGUGCGCGAAAACCUUACGGAUGGUCUUCGCGGUGCGGCCCACCCGGUACAUCGGCGAUCGAGAGAGUGUAGUGUGAGAUCAAUAAUGAGACAGGUGCUCUCAUUGGUGUAAAACGAUGCGGCGGAGCUGAGAGUUUUGUCGGGCGGCACUAGGGCUCAUGAAAAGUGUAUCCGGCGCGCGUAACGACGCCGUCGCCGUCAAGGACCAACGUGCCGCGAGACAUUCGAGCGAGUUGGAUCAGUGUAAUUAUAAUGUAGUGCCAACUCUGCAGAUGGAUAAACAGGGAUGACUGAUAAUUGCUGGAACUCUGGUGGUGGCGCUGGCGUCAAGAUGGAGCACUUUCAGGCCACCCUGGACCCAAGGAAGCAGGAGUUGUUGGAGGCCCGCUUUCUCGGAGCGAGGAUGUCUGCUGGGUCACAAAUUCAGAUGGCACCCCAAACAACCGUAAACUCUGGUCAGACAGUUCAUAGUCAAGACUCGAACAUGAGCACUGGCUCAUCGCAUAGUGAUAAGGAGGUGGAUGCAAACACUCCGGAAAAAGUACCACGGACUACUUCUGAGAGGAAAAGAAAGCGUAAAGCCGAUGAUGGAGGUGGAGGUGUCGCAGGUGGCUCUGUAGCUAGUAAGGGCGCUAGAUCAGUUGCUGCUCUUGAUAAUAAAAAGAUCAAUGAGUAUUUUCCAAAGCAUCAUCUGGGCAGUAGCCCUAUUCGGCAUGGUGGAGCCAAGAGUCCCUCCCCUCAACAGGGUUAUCCUAUGUAUCCGCCAUCGCCACAACAGUUACUUUCGCCACAAGUAACAACACCUAAUUCUUCGGUGGCGGAAUUCUCUUCGCUGAUGCAGCCACCGAGACCUCAUCCCCAACCUCCACCACCUCCUCCACCAGCUUCGUCGCAACCUGCAGGCUCGAUGGUCAGCAAGCAGGUGCAGGUAAGGCCUACCAACCUCAAUAGGACAAGCCAGGUCAGGCAAGCGAAGACUAACACCCCAAAUACAGAACUUACUUGCCAGAGGAUACAGGAAUUUGAAACUCAAGCCUCUUCAGACUUAGAACUACGUAACAAUAAAAUUGACGAGUUAAAUAGGACAACGGACGAACUUAGGCAUCAAAUCGCUAAUCAACAGAAAGUGCUUGAGCAGCACAAAUCACAUAUAAAUAAGUGUAUAGACGUUGUAAAGAAAUUAUUAAAAGAAAAAUCAAACAUAGAAAAAAAGGAGGCUAGGCAGAAGUGUAUGCAAAAUAGACUGAGGUUGGGCCAGUUUGUGACGCAAAGGGUGGGUGCGACGUUUCAAGAGAACUGGACCGACGGUUAUGCAUUUCACGAGCUUGCACGACGGCAAGAGGAGAUAGCAACGGAACGAGAGGAGAUCGACAAGCAGAAGAAGCUGCUACUCAAGAAGAGGCCGUCGAACAGCGAGACAGGCAGGAAACGUAGUCAACCACAACCCUCCUUGCACAACGGUACCGAGGCGACGUUUUUGAAGCCAGAUGCAGUACCUGGAUCGUAUACGUGGCAGGAGUAUUAUGAAGCUGACGAAAUACUCAAGUUGAGGCAAAGCGCGUUGAAAAAGGAAGACGCAGAUUUGCAACUAGAAAUGGAAAAGCUCGAAAGGGAGCGAAAUUUACACAUUAGAGAGUUAAAGCGUAUUCACAACGAGGACCAAUCGAGAUUUAACUCUCAUCCUGUUUUGAAUGAGCGGUACCUCCUACUAAUGCUGUUAGGAAAGGGCGGUUUCAGUGAAGUGCAUAAAGCAUUUGACUUAAAAGAGCAACGGUACGUGGCUUGUAAGGUGCAUCAAUUAAAUAAAGACUGGAAAGAAGACAAGAAGGCUAAUUACAUAAAACAUGCAUUGCGAGAAUAUAAUAUACACAAAGCACUUGAUCAUCCUCGAGUCGUAAAAUUGUACGAUGUAUUUGAAAUUGAUGCCAAUUCCUUUUGUACUGUUCUGGAAUAUUGUGACGGGCAUGAUUUAGAUUUUUACCUCAAGCAGCAUAAGACUAUACCCGAAAGAGAAGCGAGAUCUAUUGUUAUGCAAGUCGUAUCGGCAUUAAAAUACCUCAAUGAAAUAAAACCCCCAGUUAUACAUUACGAUCUAAAACCAGGUAACAUCCUGUUAACCGAAGGCAAUGUGUGCGGUGAAAUAAAAAUCACGGAUUUCGGUUUAAGUAAAGUGAUGGAUGAGGAAAAUUAUAAUCCGGAUCACGGAAUGGAUCUAACGUCCCAAGGAGCGGGUACUUAUUGGUAUUUACCUCCUGAAUGCUUCGUCAUUGGCAAAAAUCCUCCUAAAAUAUCGUCUAAGGUUGACGUAUGGAGCGUAGGAGUUAUAUUUUAUCAAUGUCUAUAUGGUAAAAAGCCUUUCGGUCAUAAUCAAUCGCAAGCCACCAUUUUAGAGGAGAAUACGAUACUAAAAGCCACCGAAGUCCAGUUCGCGAAUAAACCAACCGUCAGCAACGAAGCAAAGAGUUUCAUAAGAAGUUGCCUAGCAUACAGGAAGGAGGAACGUAUAGACGUACUGACACUAGCUAGACAUGAAUACCUGCAACCCCCAGUGCCAAAACAUGGCCGCCAAGCGAACAGCCAGCAGCAGCAGCAACAACAACAGAUCCAGCAGCAGCAGCAGAGCUCGUUCAAUAUCGGCAUGUUUAGUGGUAUGAACGCGUCGAGCAGUUCGUAGUGGAGAGGAAGGACUAAGGACAAAAUCCUCGAUAUAUACCAAUACAUGCCAAAUCUUGAGCGCUCGGACUGUGUACACCAUCUCAUCUUAGGGAAAUAACGAUUGCUAUAAUCAAUUGUAAAUACUAAAACCGGAUACUAUCAUCGUCACCACCCACCAUCACCACUACCACCACCACCACCCAUCACCACCACCACAAUUAUUAUCACAUCUACCACCGCCAUCACCACACCAUCACAACUAUACUUACAGGAUCGACUACAUAGGACAUUGCAAGAGAGAUGCGAGACUGGUCACCCGCAAGUCCAGGAGCUUGCGUCUUUCUACAAGCCACGCCACAUUAUUCAGCAUGACAAGAAACAAUGUUGUGUUCGUAAAUAUUCAAUUGUAUUAUCGUUCCUUGUAUCAAACAGUGCGAUGACUUGAUAAUAGUGUUUAAAAGAAACAAGAGAGCGAGAGAGAACGAACGAGCGUGCGAACGAGAAAAUAACAUGUGAUAAGUCAUUACGAGAUAAAAGUGACGUCUAGAAUAAGAGGGGAGGGGGGGAAAUAGAGCAUGUGUAUGAAAGAGAGAGCGCAAGAACGUCAAGUAAAACGAAAAUAAAGCAAAAAUGAAUUUUUUUUUCGAUGGAAGCAAAAUAAAGUUGAUGAGUAAAGGAAGCAACGAAGAAUAGGAGAAAAAAGUAGGAAGAAGUCGAGAAAAGCAAUCGGAGCAAUCGCUUUCACGGAGAUGACGUUUCUCUCUCCCGGCGUUUUAGUGUGCGUGAGCGAACGAUAGAGGAUUGUUAAAAUUAGUGUGAGUGUAUAUAUUUAUACUAUAUAUAUAAAUAUAUAUAUAUAAACUAAUAAAUUCGACAUAAUAUAUAUAUAUAUGGUGUAAAAAGAACGACGACAAGCAUUGACAGUAGGAAGACAACUGUGGUGGCUCUAUCCUCGCAUGACCUCCGGCGCCGGUACCGGCAUUCCAUGAAUGCUCGGCCUGUGCAUCAUGUUACUUUAUUCGAAUAUUAACAUUAUUACCUGUAUCAUGACUAAUAACGGUUAACAUACACGCGCAUCCACGCCCACAUACGAAAACACAUACACAACACGAGUACACGAAGGAGAUUUGAUUGGUUGUUCCUAUUCUGAGACGAGAGUGGGCUUUAUCUAUAAUGCCGGAACGAUAGUCCGAUAGAGAGCGAAGUGAGAAUCGCAUAGAGAAAACGAGAGAGUGUGUGUGUGUGUGUGUGUGAGAGAGAGAGAGAGAGAGAGAGAAAGAGAGUCGCGAUGUGCUCCCAAAGUGAAUAAAAAAAAAAGCAUCGUAGUCCACCACUUAUCGUCACCACUUGUAAACCCGUUCUCACGCGUAUAGUUUAAAACCCCGUGUCGAUUCGCUGUAACGAAGCCAGGCAUUACGUUUUUCCUCCUUCACUCUUCCUCCUUUUUUCUUCUCUCCUUUUUUCUCUCCUUUUUUCUCUAAAAUCAGCGAGUUAGAGAAAAAGACAGUGAGAGCAAGAGAGAGAGAGAGAAAGAAAGCGCGGAUCCAAAUGUGUGUAUAGAGCAAGUUUAAAGAAACGAUUAAAUGAUUUAAUUAAUUAAUCAAACGAGAAAUACGGGAAAAAUAUGACGAGGAUAAGGAAAAACGAGCAAAUAUUUAAGAUAAGAAAGCCCGUGAAAUGCUAUACCGACCCAAUCAUUAUUUCUUUACUCGUAAUUUGUUUUAUAUAUGUACGUUAUAUAUAGAUAAUUAUGAAAUAGAAAACUAAGUUAUUUUAUCAAGUGCCCUUGCUUUGUAUUAUAGUCGCGUCCGUCGGCGAGCUGUAGCUUCUGGGAGUAAAAGAAAGAGAGAGAAAGAGAGAAUGAAGAGAGAAUGUGUUGAGAGCGAAAGUGAGAUUAAAGCGAGCGAGUGCGUGUGUUGUUAAUAAAAUAUUGCGUCAGUUAUUGGUACAAUGUGGGCACCGGGGUAUUGAUAACAAUUCAAUACCAUCAAUGUGAUUGGCAGAAGUGUGGUGAGAAAGGAGAAUACAUUACAAGUCUGAACAGAGUCUACUACUUAGAUCCGUCGCUUCAAUUUUGACAAAAAAAAAAGAAUAUCAACCGUUCCUGCAUCCCGCAUCCCAUAUUUUUUUUUUCGUGAACACGCAGUGCACUCUUUUUUCAUUUUACACGCGCGACGUCGCAUUAAUCGUGCUCAUUGACACUCUAUGAGGUAACAUGAUUCCAAAGGGAAUUCGCGUUGCAAUUCGACAGUUUUCCUCUACGACGUAGAUUUCCGAAAAUUUAUUUCGUUGAUAAAAAAAGGGAGGAAGGGAGGAGUAUUAACGCGAUCAAUAAAGUAUAAAAAUUGUUAUCUGGAUUGUUUCUCCGUUAUAUCAUUUUCGCGCGAUGAACCUAGAUUGAGUAGAGCUUAUCUCUAAAAGUUUACUGCAGCCGGCCUUUAAAAAAUUAUCCGAAAGUGUAAUUUGUCAAGCGUUUACGCCUUCGAGAUUCUCGUGAUAAAUGAUGAACAUUUACACGAGAACACAUAGGGUUCGUAUACUUUGCGACAGGAAGGAUAUUUUACAUUUAUACAUAUCUAUGGAAUUCUCUAGGAACGUAAUCGGUGAACGCAAUCACGUGCAUGUAAAAUAGAAACGGAAAAAUUAAAAAAAAAAGGACUAUUGAAAACUUUUCACUGAGCACAAAUAGAAAGAGAAAUACCUUCCCAUCGACUAUAAGGUAUUGUCAUGAUCUACAUACAUCUAUUAUAAUAUCCGUAAUACUAAAUACUGGUCUUUUUCUUUUCCAAUUGUCCCUACAUGUCGGCAUAGUCACGAUCUUCCUCACGAUAAAAAAAAAAAGAAUGAAAAGGAAAGAAACAGGAAUUGCGUCGAGGACGGUGUAUGAAAACGUUAUAGCAAUAAAUUUUACGUAUUUGUGUAUAAUUUAAAAUUAGUAAACUUAUUAAUUAAAAUAUAAAUCACACGCAUCUCUCACGGUAUGCAUGAUAUCCCCGCUGUUUUUCAUUUCUUUUCCGACACUUACGUUUUUGACACUUACGAACGAUGCUGAACAAUGAAUUGCCGAAUGUCUAAAAAGUUAGAACAUUUUAUUUAUAUAUUUAUAUAUACGUAUUUAGUAUGUGUGAAUUAUAUAAAAAUGAAAAUCGCCGAGGUUACACGAAGUAUUGAUUAGGCUGAGAAUGCGCGCGCUUUGGGCCGAGGGCUAAUCGACUGGUCUCUGUAUCGAGAUAUUCAUUUAAUAGCAGGUGUAAAAUCGUUGCGCUAAUUACAACCACAAUAAUUCUUUUUAUCUUAUAUUCUAUGAGUGAACAAGUUAUGCGUACACAGAAUUAGUAUAAUUGUAGUAGAGAAGUGAAAUUCAAAGUGAGAACACCAAAUAUGCCUCGAAGUUAAUUAGUUUUUUCGAACUCGUAUAUGGAAAGUAAAAAA